AUGGUUGAUGUCAGCAUCAUGACCGCGACUAAGUUCCAUCAGGUCUCUUUGGACGACAGCAAAAAAAUAGGUGAGUCGUUGAAGGACAUCUUUGGAUGCGAAAUAAACCUGUUCUACGACUAUGAGCUUACAAACAGCAUUGACAUCGAGCUGCUGCCGACCAGAACAGUUCUGCCCGACAUUAUUUACUCGGAUUAUAAGGAGGAGGUGGUAGCACAAACCCGGAAGAGCACGAGCAAGAGAGACUUCCUGUGCAACCAUGGUGACAAUGCCAUGUGUGUGAACUGUGCGCCUGUUAGCCCGUGGGAUCCUAAGUUGUUACGUGAAAGGGGAAUUAAGUACCUCAGCUUUGGCGCGUUUAAAGAGAAAAACCAAAGAAUAGAAAGACUUACCUACAGAAACGAUUGCAAGCACACUGAAAACGUGAAGUGCACGAGGUGUAUGGACCGUACAAUUGCGCUGAAGCAGCAGAAUUAUAGGAUGAUAGACCACGUGGAGAUAGACCAUUCAAAGGUGGUGGACAACUUUAUCUCGUUCUGGCGAGGUACUGGGCGUAACAGGUUCGGAUUUCUGCUCGGAAGGGUCAAGGAUUACGAAAGGGUGCCCCUGGGAAAAACAGCCGUUGUCUCGGCAAUCUACGAUCCCCUCCAAGAGAAUUUUCCGGACGGAUUCAUUGUGCACGAAAAGAACUGCAGCAAAAUACAGGCGCUCUUGGAUUAUCUUGGUUUGUGCGUGGUGGGGCUGAUUUACACGGACCUCAACCAAAAACGUGAUUAUCUCCUUUCAUGUCUGGAGAUUGCGGCAAUGGCCAGGUUUCAGAACGAUAACAUGUUUGUAGACGAGGAUGGGAAGGAGUUUAACAGCCGUUUUGUGAAUUUGGUGGUGCGCAGCAAGGACAUCGGCGUUGAGCUUGAUGCUUACAGCGUGUCGGAGCAGGGCAUGGUGCUCAUCGGAGAGAACAUAAUCAAGCCGUGCACCAACAAGGACGUGUUUGUGAGUACGCGCUCAAUUAUCUAUCUGGAGAAGAAUGAGUACGACCUGGUGGUGGAGAAGAACACGAUGCGUGUUCCUGUCGAGUACCUCAUCGUGGACAUUCCGCAUGGCUUCUCGGAGAAUUCGAUGUUUCCGAGCGACGCAUACUUCAAUCCACAGUGGGGUAAAAUGAAGAUUGCGAAAUAUUUCACGGACUACAACUUGGAGAAGUUCCAGUGCUUCAACGUGUUGCUCUACUUUUUCUUAAAGUUUAAUGGCAAUAACAAGGAACUGUGCCCCGACAUGAAACUUCUCCUGGAUGCGGUACUCGGACGAGGGAGCAUAGACACAUUUCUGCAAACGCUCAUGUUCCUCAAAUUUUCGGAAAGCAUCGAAAUGCAUAAGAAGGAGGAAUGGGACUGUCAAAUUUGUACGUAUAGAAACUUGGAUGGAGCGGAUAAAUGCGAGAUGUGUGAGACACAAAGAAAUAACGGAUAAAUAAACAGCAAAAUGGUGUUUAAUAGAACAAUCUUAGCGUAUCGUUUACUUUUAUGUGUAGUUUGAGCAGUUUCGUUUAUUGCCGUGUGCUUUGCAUGUAGCGCAUUUUUCGGUACGCUGACAGAGUCUUCGUAUCCAAUUUGCAGGUGAAUCAGGUCAUUUAUCUUAAAAAGCAUGUUGAAUAGGAGUUUGGCAGGUUAUGUAGCACCACAAAUUAAAUAUGAG